CAGACUGCAGCUCUACCAGUGCGGCACCACCGAAGAGAAGCUCAGUUGCUGCGUGACUGUAACGAUGGCGUCCGCCUUGAGAGGAAGCUUGGUAUCAUUGGUCAAGGGUCUGAGCGGCCCCCAGUGGCAGCUGCUGGCCUCUCGUCCACUGAGUGUGUCUGCUGCUCUCUGCGGCCCCGAGGCCCCCCCAGCACGUGCUGAUGCCACCUUUAAGGUCACCAUGGUGCCAGGGGAUGGAGUGGGACCUGAGCUGAUGACGGCUGUCAAGGACGUGUUUAAGGCAGGAGAUGUCCCGGUGGAGUUUGAGGAGUUUCACCUGAGUGAGGUGCAGAACAUGGCCAGCGAGGAGAAGCUGGAGCAGGUUUUAACUUCCAUGAAGACCAACAAAGUGGCCAUGAAAGGAAAGAUCCACACACCCAUGGAGUUCAAAGGGGAGCUGGCUUCAUAUGAGAUGAGACUGAGGCGUAAACUGGACUUGUUUGCUAACGUGGUGCAUGUGAACAGCCUGCCGGGCUACAGCACCCGCCACAACAACCUGGACCUGGUCAUCAUCCGCGAACAGACCGAGGGCGAGUACAGCUCCUUGGAGCACGAGAGUGUGCCAGGUGUGAUCGAAUGCUUGAAGAUCAUCACCAGAGUGAAGUCUCGGCGCAUUGCCAAGUUCGCCUUCGAUUACGCCACCAAGAAGGGACGUAGCAAGGUCACCGCUGUUCACAAGGCCAACAUCAUGAAACUAGCUGAUGGCCUGUUUCUGCAGUGCUGUGCUGAGAUUGCAGAGCUGUACCCCAAAAUCAAAUUUGAGACCAUAAUCAUUGAUAACUGUUGCAUGCAGCUGGUGCAGAACCCGUACCAGUUUGACGUGCUGGUGAUGCCCAACCUGUAUGGGAACAUCAUUGAUAACCUGGCAGCGGGGCUGGUUGGUGGAGCGGGAGUUGUUCCUGGAGAAAGCUACAGUGGAGAGUAUGCUGUGUUUGAGACCGGUGCGCGCCACCCCUUUGCACAGGCUGUAGGAAGGAACAUUGCUAACCCCACAGCCAUGCUGCUCAGUGCUGCUAACAUGCUCAGGCACCUCAACCUGGAAUAUCACUCCAAUAUGGUGUCAGAUGCUGUGAAGAGGGUAAUCAAGCAGGGCAAGGUCCGGACCCGAGACCUUGGCGGUUACGCCACCACUAGCGACUUUGUGCGUGGUGUUACGGAAAACCUGCGUCACCGACCUGUUCGAUAAGAUGUAUCGUCACACUGCUUCCCUAAAUCUGGACUUUGUUCUUAACAUGAAGUAGACACAUGUAAAGACUCACCUCCCCUCUGACAUGACAUAGUGUCUCACAGUUUUUGACAAACACCAGGAGCAUCAUACUGUACGAGGAUUAAACUGUGUGUGCAGCUCAUGAGGCUUCCUCUCAUGGAUUUGGAUCAUUACAUCUAUAUAAUUAUGUUUCAAUUCUUCUGAGAGUUAUUUUGUCCUUGUGCUUGUUGCGUCAGCCAUUUCAGCCUACCUCUCCACUAUCAUACAUUGUUAGAAACGGUCAACCCGGCUGCCUUUAUCUACAGAUUAUAUCGACUAAUCUUUAUUUUCGUCACACUUCACCACCGAAUUACCUUAGUUUUAUCAAAUGUUCUCAUAAUAUCCGCUGUGACCUGAUAUACAGAAUGAUAACAGUACUGCAUCAUGACCCACUUAUACUGUAACAUUUCUGACCCUCAAAUGUCUUCGUGUUUUCAAUAAAACUCUGUUCUAACAUUGCAUUGCUGUAAACUAACAUCAACAUUUUGGUUUAGUAAGUUACUGUUAGGCAAGGCCAAACCCGUCAUAUGUGUUUUACCUUGAGAUUAAUAAUACAAUUGCUAUGUUAACAUUAAUUAAACAAAAAAUACAUUACUUUCAGGUACUACUUCAUUGACUGUCAACAAACGUUUAGGUAUUGUUACAAACUUAGAGGUAUUGUUAUAAUUGUACAGGUUAAUAGCUAAAGAAAUCCUCUGUGUGACGGCCACAGUGCCCGUAAAGCCAGUCCUGAAUUCAGAAUCAAAUAUAAGACCAAAUUAUACUGAAGAUUUUUUGCUUAAUUUCAUUAUUUUUUUGUUCUCAGUUUUAUUUAAACAUUAUCUCCAAGGUCUCAUAAUAAACAAGUAUCAGAUGGUUGAUGCCAGUCAAGCUGUAAGACAUUUAAACGCUGCUCUACCUCACCAGCGGUCCAUGUUUUCGUCAAAAUGUGCCAAGAUUUCAAAACAAUAAAAGAUAACGUAUUA